CCGGGCUGUUGCCGGGGCAACGGGGACGGUGCGGGGGAGGGGCGCGGCGGUGCGGCCUGGUCCGGUCCGGGGCGGCGCGGCCGGGACCGGGCCCGGGCCCCGACCCCAGGCCCCGGCUUCACCCCGACCCCGGGCCCCGUCCCCCGCCCUCCUUCCCCCGGGGGAGCCGCCCGUACACUCUUGUCCCCGGGGAGGGGGUGCCCCGCCGUUAUUGCCCCCCCCCCCCCCCCCUCCGUUGUUACCCCCUCCGGCAGGCCCGGACCCCUCCAUUGCCCCAGGAGGGUGUUUUUACCCCUUCCCCCCGACCUCCCUGGGGGGGCUCAUCCCGCCGUGACCCCCUGUGGGGGGCUAGUGCCCUCUUUCCUGUGUCCCCUGUCCACCCCCCAGGAGGCUCUUGCCCCUCCCAGGGGCAUCAGGCCAUGGCGGGGGGUGGGGGCAAACAGGGCCUGACCCCCCUCUGCGGUGCUGGGGACAGGCCUGUCCCAGCUGGCGGAUACCGGCGUCCCCCUGGCAUGGUGGGGGAGGCAGUGCUGGGGCCCCCCCCGCUGUCCCCCAGCAGGCCAAGGCCACAUCCCUGUGGCCACCCCGGUGUGGUGGGAUGGGGGGGGGGAUCCCGGGUAGGGGGGGAUUAACUGUCGCCCCUUCCCUCUCCUUGUGGCCCCUGCGGGCACUGUCCCCCCCGUGUCACCCCUGCCUGGCCCCCAGGCCCCCCCCGGGGGGGGACACACAGUUUUGAGGACACCCCCCCCCCCGGGCUGUGCCUUUAAGAGUGGCUCCCGGCCAUCGUGUACUUUGUCCCUUGUCCCCUCUGUGAAGACGAAGACGUGGCCGAGAAGAAAUUCCCUGCCCGGGUGAGGGAGCAGGGUGAUGGCGGAGAGCGACGGGCUGGAGCGUCCCGGCCUGGAUAAAGCAGCCGGGGAGGAAUUCCUGCGGGAAGCCCUGCAGAUCCUGCUGGAUGAGGCCGUGCGGAAGGGGACGGAUGUCACCGAAAAGGUGUGUGAGUGGAAGGAGCCGGCGGAGCUGCGGGAGCUGCUGGACCUGGAGCUGCCGAGCCGGGGGGAGCCGCCGGAGCGGCUGCUGGAGCGCUGCCGGGCCGUCAUCCGCCACAGCGUCCGCACCGGUCACCCUCACUUCUUCAACCAGCUCUUCUCCGGCCUGGACCACCACUCGCUGGCGGGACGCUUGAUCACUGAGGCCCUCAACACCAGCCAAUACACCUACGAGAUCGCCCCAGUGUUCGUGCUGAUGGAGGAGGUGGUGCUGGCCAAGCUGCGGGAGCUGGUGGGCUGGAGCAGCGGCGACGGCAUCUUCUCCCCGGGAGGCUCCAUCUCCAACAUGUAUGCCAUGAACGUGGCCCGGUUCCACCGCUUCCCCGAGAGCCGGCAGAAGGGCAACUGGGCUCUGCCGCGCUUGGCCCUCUUCGCCUCCCAGGAGUGCCACUACUCCAUCCAGAAAGGAGCCGCCUUCCUGGGCAUCGGCACCGACAACGUCCGCCUGGUGGCCACUGACCAGGGGGGGAAGAUGGUCCCUGAGGAGCUGGAGAAGGAGAUCCAGAGGGCCAAGGCCGAGGGCGCUGAGCCUUUCUUUGUCUGUGCCACCUGCGGCACCACCGUCCUGGGCGCCUUCGACCCGCUGGGCAGCAUCGCCGACAUCUGCCAGCGCCACGGCCUCUGGCUCCACGUGGACGCAGCCUGGGGCGGCAGCGUCCUGCUCUCCCAAAAACACCGGCACCUCCUGGCCGGCAUCGAGAGGGCCGACUCGGUGGCCUGGAACCCCCACAAGAUGCUGGCGGUGGGUUUGCAGUGCUCGGCCUUCCUGCUCCGCGACACCUCCGGUCUCCUCCAGCGCUGCCACGGCGCCGGCGCCACGUACCUUUUCCAACGCGAUAAGUUUUACGACAUCGCCUACGACACGGGGGACAAGACCCCGCAGUGCGGCCGGCGCGUGGACUGCCUCAAGCUCUGGCUCCUCUGGAAAGCCGUGGGGACCCAGGGGCUGGCGCGACGCGUCGAGCGGGCCUUCGCCUUCACCCGGACAUCAACACUCCCCUCCGUCCCCCCCAGGUACCUGGCGGAGGAGGUGAAGCGGAGGGACGGCUUCCAGCUGGUGCUGGAGCCGGAAUUCAUCAAUCUCUGCUUCUGGUUCGUGCCCCCCAGCCUGCGGGGCAGGGAGGGCUGCCCCGAUUACUGGCCCAGGCUGGGCAAGGUGGCUCCGGCCAUCAAGGAGCGGAUGAUGAGGAAGGGCUCCAUGAUGGUGGGCUACCAGCCCCACGGCGCCAGGGUCAACUUCUUCCGCCAGGUCGUCACCAACCCCCUCGUCACCCGCGACCACCUGGAUUUCUUCCUGGAUGAGAUCGAACGGCUGGGACGGGAUCUGUGAGGACCCCCCCCACCCUCCCCAAACCCCCUUCCCAAACCCCCUUCCCACCCCCA